UCCAGUCCAGUCCGUAAGUCCAAAAGAUCAAACGCGAAUCCUUCUCCAGUGUAGCUGCGUGUACCUCACCUCCAAGCGUGCCAAGUACUGAAUUCAAAUCUAUCCGGCGUGUAUUUCCCGCCACAUAUUGGCAGGUGCGUGUUUACCACGAAUACUCAGGAUCAGAUUCUUUAGUGUCUUGUUCUUGAAAUACUGCUGUAGAAAUUGUUUUCGAGGAGGCAACUUCAUGUUGUGGAGAGAGUGCAACAGUAUUCUUCGAAAGACUGGCAGCUGAUUUUGUUUUUGACCUCCUGCCAUGUCCGAACUUCUUGAUAGCAGCGAUGACAACAGCAGCAGUGAUGAGACCGCGUGCAGUUUAGAAGUAAAGCCUGUCGUUGUGGAUCUGAAGGUGUUUUGGGAGUGGUGUCAAGGGGAAUUGGCUAAUUCCAGCUUCCGUAGGCAUUGCCCACAACACGCUGAAAUAAUAUGUAAACUUCAGCAAUUGCCUGCAAGCGAGAAGACUGUAGUAGAUCUGUUGAAGGCUGUGUCACGUGAGCUACAGAGCUGCCUCGCCACUCGCCAGGCCCACAAUGAAUGCAUCACGCAUGGGAUUGGGAGUACUCCGCGCUUGUCCGACUGUUAUAAGGCCGCUUUGGUUUGCUGCUGUGGGAAAGGCGGUUGAAAUUUCACACGUUUCGUAUGAUGACGGCAUACAACUUGGAUUAUUUGCACGUUUUGUCGACUUCUGUUGGCACUGGGUGCGGGCAGCGUCUGCUUGUAGUCAGAAUGUCGCUUCACCUCCACCUGUCGGAGUGAGCAAAGCCCCCGCAGAUGACUGCUUAGCGGAUAAGACCUUGCGGUAUCAUGCAGGAUGGUGCUUGGUUGCUGUGCGUCGACUACUGAGGCAUGGCGACCAUUCAGCUCUAUUGACCCAACUGCAGAAAUUUGGUUCGGAUGUCGCUGUGCCUGCUGAUGCCAAGCUUCUCCAAGCUUUUUAUAACCUGGAUGUUCAGGAGGCAGCAUCAGCGUCACCAGGUGACCAUAUGUCAUACAGCCAGCCUCGCCCCCCUGCCCCUGAAAAGCACUUGUUUUCGAUAUCUGCCGCGCUUGUGCCGUUUUUCAAGUGCCUCCACUCGACUGUCGAAUCAACGUUUCCGCAUGAUUUGGUGAUACAUCGUUCAGGAGCGCUAACGGCAUUGGAAGCCCGGCUGGUUGAAGAUCCAGCGGUCAUUGGUUGUUAUGAAAAAGCCUUGUUGGCUCUCUGUGCUGAAGAUGCAGGAAAAGGCAUACUGGCAGCGAUCGUGAAAACCUUCUUGAAGAGCAAGCAAAAACAAUUGUUAAAGAAUCACAAUCUUGGCGGCUCACAUGCGGGGCGGGCUUUGAGGGCAACCCUCAGAGAAAAUCAUCGCACAAAAGCACCUGCUUCUACUUGCAUCACGCCUGUGAAGACGGCAAUAGUGGAUGGAAAGCCAGUCGACGCCAUCAAGCUUUUGUUUGAAAUGGACAUAGCAUCAAGAAAGCAAUGCUUCAAGCAGCUGACAGUGGGCAACCUCAAGUGUAUGCUGAGAGAUCGGAAGCUACGGCUACAUGGCAGUAAAGAAGAGCUGAUAUCAAGAGUGGAAGACAAAGUCUUGAGGAACUUCCAAGGUUCAAGUUCAUGAACGACCUGUUACAGCUCGCCCCAUCACACACCUUUCUCGAAGAUGGAAGCGUAUUCGUUGCUGUUCGCCACUUCUACCAUUCGCUCCUGGCGUUCCUCCAGCCUGGAGAUGUGUCUCUUCAUGGUGCGAACUUGUCCUUGCGAAUCGUGCAGUCGUCCAGAAAGCUCUGCACGGGAGAGGAAUGCAUGUGCUGUUGUAGUUCGGUCUUCGGCUGUGCGGUUAGACUGUCGCGACCGUGCCUUUCUUAGAGUUGCCGAGAAUACGCUACAUGCCCCACAUUGAAUGUCAAUCUCGACCACAAUUGGGCACACAGAUGUGCGAAUGCACCGACCAGGAACCCAGCUCUCCUCUAGCACUGCCGUGACAGUGCCGUCCUUGCCAUGGAACGUUUCUCCAUCGAGACGGCUCUUCAUCAAUUCCUCGUUUUGGGCGUGGGAAUUUCCAAUGCAGACUCUGGCUGAUAUUACUUUUGCCAUUACUGAUUUAAUAUCAUCUAUAUUAUUUAUUUUACAUGGCUGCCAUUCUUGAACAACUUUCUUUCCAAAUAUGUAAACCUCGUACGCAAGAUGAUUAUGGACUAUGAUGGAGCAGUGGGUUGCGUGGGUAGGACUACCUCCAUGGUACUGCAGCAUUACGCUGUCUUGGCCAUCCGUAACAUGCCAAAGUGAAAAUUCCAAUGUUGG